GGCCCCUUCCUUUCUCCUCGACAUCCAUCAAUUGACUUUCGCUUCGCAUCCUCGGCCGCACCAACAUCCCGCCGCCAAAUUCCCCCCCUCCCAGCUACGCGCCAUGGAUUCCGACAUCAUGGACGAGUCAGUCUUUAGCGACAGCAUCCAAGACGAGUCCGAAGGCUACUCACCAGAAGUGAAACCAAAAGCGAAGCCCGUCGCGAAGCCCGCCGCGAAAAAGGCCGCCUCAGCAAAAUCCAAGACGGUCCAGACAGCUCUCGCUAGCAAAGUGACUUCCAAAAAACGCCCAAAGCCAGAGAGCGAUGAUGAAGUCGACUCGGUACUUGACGGCGACGCCAGCGUGCUGUCGCGCACACCUCCGAGCGUCAAGAAACAGAAGAGAGCGCCGGCAAAGAAGUCGAGCGGCAAGCCCCUCGCCGAGAUUGAAAACGACAGCAUGCAGCUUGAUGACGACAUGCCGUCCAAAGGAGGCAAGACGAAGACAGUGACCGAGACGUACCAGAAGCUCACCCAGCUCCAGCACAUCCUCAAACGUCCCGACACGUACGUGGGCUCCAUCGAGCGUACCGAUCAAAAGAUGUGGGUCUUCAAUAAGGCGGACAAGCAGAUGGAGAACCGGACCAUCUCCUUCGUUCCCGGCCUCUACAAGAUCUUUGACGAGAUUCUCGUCAACGCGGCCGACGUAAGUCAGCGCGAUAGCACCAUGACCAGUCUCAAGGUCACCAUCGACCGUGAGUCGGGAGAAAUCACAGUGGAGAACAACGGCAAAGGCAUCCCAGUGGAAAUGCACGGGACUGAGAAGUGCUACGUGCCUGAGCUCAUCUUUGGCCAUCUCCUGGCUGGGUCCAACUUUGACGACAACGAGAAGAAAACUGUUGGUGGCCGUAACGGUUACGGCGCCAAACUUACCAACAUCUUCAGUAAGAAGUUCGGCAUUGAGAUACAGGAUGCCGGCAACGGCAAGCGCUACAAGCAGACGUGGACAGAGAAUAUGAGCAACAAGGGGUCCCCCAAGAUAACCUCCAACAAGUCAGCCGACUUUGUCCGCGUAUCCUUCCUUCCCGACUACAAGAAAUUUGGCAUGGAGAAUGGCAUCGACGACGACCUCGAGAGCCUGCUCUUUCGCCGCGUCUAUGACAUGGCGGGCACUGUCACGAGCGUCAAGGUCUGGCUCAAUGGCGACCAGCUCAAGUACAACUUCAAGAGCUAUUGCGAGCUCUAUGCCAAGUCUAUCGCCAAGGAGCGUGGUGACGAGCCCGCCGAAGGAGAAAAGCCAGCCACGGCCAAGGUCGAGUUCGACCAGGUGAGAGACAAGGGACGGCUUUGGCAGGUUGGGUUUACCGUGUCGGACGGCUCGUUCCAGCAAGUCUCAUUUGUGAACAACAUCGCCACGACCUCGGGCGGCACACACGUCAACUACAUCGCCGACCAGAUUUGCGACGCCCUGGGCAAAGAAUUGACCAAGAAGAAGAAGGGCCAUAGUCUCAAGGCCUCGCAUUUCCGCAACCACAUCUUCAUCUUCAUCAACUGCCUAGUCGAGAACCCAUCCUUCAACUCGCAGACCAAGGAGCAGAUGACAACCAAAGUCAGUGCGUUCGGCAGCAAGUGUGUCUUAACCGACGUGUUCCUCAAGAAGAUUCGGAAUUCGGAAGCCAUCGCACACAUCAUGGAGUUUGCCGAUAGAAAGGCGGACAAGAUGUUGGCUAAGACCGACGGCAACAAGCGCUCUCGCAUCAGCAACGAGAAACUGGUGGAUGCCAAUUUGGCCGGAACAAAGCGUGGUUGUGAAUGCACUCUGAUUCUGACCGAAGGUGACUCGGCAAGAGCUCUCGCCGUUGCUGGACGUGCCAUCCUGGAUCCCGACCGCAUUGGCGUCUUCCCUCUCCGUGGAAAGAUGCUCAACGUCCGCGAUGCGUCGCUCGACCAGAUCAUGAAGAACAAGGAAAUCGAGAACAUCAAGAAGUUUCUGGGGCUCAAGCACAAACAGCAGUAUACCGAUACCAGGGGCCUCCGGUACGGUCAUCUGAUGAUCAUGGCCGAUCAGGAUCUCGACGGCAGCCAUAUCAAAGGCCUGUUGAUCAACUUCCUCGAGGUUCAGUUCCCGAGUCUGCUGCGCAUUCCCGAAUUCUUCCAGGAGUUCAUCACACCUGUGGUCAAAGUAUGGCAGGGCCCCAACCCAAAGAAGCCUCAGAAGCUCACGUCCUUCUUCAACCUGCCUCAGUAUGAGACGUGGAAGGAGAAGCACAAGUCGGAGGUGCGCAAGUGGAAAUACAAGUACUUGAAGGGGUUGGGCAGUUCCUCCAACGAGGAUGCCCAGGUCUACUUCACCAACUUAGACCUACAUCUCAAGCAUUUCGGCACCAUGAAAGCGGAAGAGUCCCAACUGUUCGAUCUGGCCUUCUCCAAAAAGAAGGCCGACGCACGCAAGGAAUGGCUUGGCAACUUUGUCCCUGGCACAUACCUUGACCAUUCGGCCGAUGUCAUCUCGUACACGGAUUUCGUCAACCGGGAGUUGAUCCUCUUCAGCAUGGCUGACAAUAUGCGGUCGAUCCCGUCCAUGGUUGACGGCUUGAAGCCCGGUCAACGCAAGGUCAUGUUCGCUUGCUUCAAGCGCAACUUGGUGAACGAUCAAAAGGUGGUUGAGCUUGCUGGCUACAUUUCCGAACAGGCAGCCUACCAUCACGGCGAAACCUCGCUGCAACAGACCAUCAUCGGUCUAGCACAGAACUUCAUCGGCUCAAACAACGUCAAUUUCCUUGAGCCCAGCGGAAAUUUUGGUUCCCGACUUUCUGGUGGAUCAGAUGCUGCCAGCGCCCGUUACAUUCACACGCGGCUAUCUCCCUUUGCGAGGCGCAUCUUUUCCAAGCUCGACGAGCCGAACCUGGAGUUUCAGUUCGAUGACGGCAACAUGAUUGAGCCCAAGGUGUAUGCCCCGAUCAUUCCGACCGUCUUGGUCAACGGUGCCGACGGCAUCGGUACAGGCUAUAGCACCCAAAUUCCCAACUAUCAUCCCAUCGACCUAGUGGACAAUCUCAAGCGCCGCAUGGGCAGACUUGAUCCUGAUGAUCCGGAGGAGAAGCCAUUUAAUUCCAUGAUUCCCUGGUGGCGGGGUUGGAAGGGCACCCCUGAACGAGAAGGGCCCAACCGGUUCAGAUUCAACGGCAUCGCAAAGCAAGAUGAGCUGAAUCCCAACGAGGUCGUCGUUAGUGAGUUGCCUGUUCGUAUGUGGACCGAUGACUUCAAGGCUAGACUCGAGGAAAUCAUCCGGGGCGAAAAGACGCCUUCCUACAUCAAGGACUACAGGGAGUUCAACGACCACAACACGGUCCAUUUCGUGAUUGAGCUGGAAGAAAAGCACAUGAAGGCUGCUCUCGACGAGGGCUUGCUCGAGAAGUUCAAGCUGAACAAGUCGAUCGGAACUACCAACCUCGUUGCCUUUGACACAGAGGGCAAAAUUCGCAAGUACGAGAGUCCCGAGGAGAUCCUCGAGGAGUUUUACCACUACCGCCUGGCCAUGUACGGGAAGCGGAAGGCACACUGGCUCAAAGUCUACGACGCAGACUACAGAAAGCUCAAGAACCAGUAUCGUUUCAUCGAGGAAAUCAUUGAGAAUAAGCUCGUUGUUUCCAAGAAGAAGAAGUCAGUUCUCGUGGCAGAGCUUCGUGAUAGAGGUUUUGAAGCGUUCCCUCCGAAGGAGGUCGACAAGAGGGCAAAGCCAGCCGAAGAGGAUGUCGAAGAUGCCGACGAGGAUGACGGCAACUUUGGCGCACGAGACUACGACUACCUGCUUUCCAUGGCUAUCUGGUCGUUGACGCUGGAGCGGUUGGAAAAGCUCAAGCAGCAGAUCAGGGCAAAGAAGGCCGAGUGGGAUGAGCUCAAUGCCCUCAGUGAGAAGGAUCUUUGGUGCAAAGAUCUCGACGAGUUCGUUGAGGAGUGGGAGCGGCAGCUGAGGCUGGAUGCCGAAAUCCAGGCCGACAUCCGAAGAAUAGGCCGCCGAGUGUCUAAGAAGAUUGGCGCUGGCAAGGGAGGCCGCCGUCUAAAGACGGACGACGAUUACCAGCCAGGCGGGAAGACCAAGGCGGCCAAGGCUCUCGCCGCUCCCAAGAUCAAGGUUGAGACAAAGACACAGCAACGUUUCACUGAGAAAUUCCAGGCCAAAGCCGCCGCAAAACCCAGUGCCAAGGCAAGCACCUCGGGCGGUGACGGCCUGGCGGAUGAUUUCUCUGACGAUGACGACUUUGCUCUUCUUGGCAAGAAGGCUGUGGUCAAAGACGAGUCAGAACCUCCGGCUCCCAUAUCAGACAUUGUCAGCGGUCGUACCAAACGCGCAGCUGUUGCCAAGCCCAAGACAUAUGUCGUUGACUCGGAUUUGGAAUCAGACGAUGAUUUCAUGCAGUUGGGAAAGACUUCUUCUGCUCGACCGCCUAAAGCCUCGACCUCUUUGUCGGCGUCUGAAGACGAUGACAUUGUCGCGAAGCCCUCCAAGCGGGCCGCAGCAGCAAAGGCGAAGUCGGUAUAUGUGGACGAUAUCGAGUCGGAGAGCGAUGAUGACCAGAUGCUCGGUGAUGUCGGUGCCCUGGUUAAGGGCAUUGGGGCGCCUGCUUCCAACGGUGGCAAGGGCAGACUUAGUCUGUUUGCGAUGUCCCGGCCCGAGGGUGAGUCCAGCCUCCCCAAGAUGAAGACGAAGCCGUCAAAGUCGAAUCUUGGCUUUGACAGCCAGGACGACACCAACUACGAAGCCCUGGCCAUGUCGUCGCCCCGGAAAUCAGUCGCCGGCGGCGACAUUGACGACUUUCUGUCUGACGAUGACCUUCCUCCUGUGACAACGAAGGCAGCAGCGGCGCCCAAGGCGUCGUCGUCUCAGGCGGCAGCGCCAAAGGCAAAAGCCCCGCUUACUGUUGUCCCCAUGGCGGGCAAGAAGCCCCGCGGCCGUCCGGCCGGCACCAAAAUCGCCGCACCCAAAGCCGCUCACAAGACGGCUGCCGCCAAGACAGCCGUCUCCAAGGCAGUAGAGUCCUCGAAGCCCAAGGCAGUGACUCUCUCGCCCGCUGCCAAGGCCUAUGCCGCGAAGAAGGCAAAGGCUAGAAAGGUUGUCAGCGAUGACGAGGACGAGGACGAGGACGACCUCAUAGCCGAUGCCCCUUCCAGCCCAGUAGCCAAGCCCAAGGCCCGCCCGGGUCGCGCGACGGCUGCGAAAUCCAAGCCCAUCUACAUUGAUGAUCUGGAAGACGAGGAGAGCGAUGAGUUCGCCAUGGAUGAUGAUACUGAUUAGAGGCUUGAGGCUGAGAUUAAUGUCAGUAGUGUGGAGUUCUUUUGAUGAUGUCACGAGGUUUUUCGGAUAGGGAGGCUGGCUGGUUAU